AAAUCACUUCCGGUGACGGAACCCGGAAGUAGGCGUAUCUGUUUGUGUGUAUGUGACGGCUGUUGUUGACAGUUCUGUACGUCACAUUAGUCUCAUACAAUCGCCCCAUGUGAAACCUUGAGAAAGACUAUAGCUUGUCAACUCACAGUACACUUCCAUUUUUUAUCAUUUAGCUAUUUCGUUUUGGUCUGAGUGAGUGUGUGUUCACUGUAUGUUUCGCGAUUUAGCGACUCGAAGCUAGCCCAUACUAGUCGGCCUAGUGAAGCGAAUUCACCAAAAGAUGUCUUUGUAUUUAAUUGCCUGACGUCGUUUGGGAGGAGACUAAAACAAGCAGAUGGCUGUGGAGCUGGAUGUGUUCGUGGGUAACACCACUAUCAUGGACGAGGAGGUUUAUCAGCUCUGGUUAGAUGGAUAUACAGUAAACGAUGCAGUGAAAGUUCGAAUGGAGGGCGGAGCACUGGACGAGUGCGAGGCAAACGCGGACGUGCUGUUGAGUGAUACCAUGGACCAGUAUAGAACUUUCCAGAUGUGCGAGCGUCUGCUGCACAGUCCAUCCAAACUGGCCAAUCAGCUGCUCUUCCAGAUCCCGCCUCAUCGCCAAGCCAUGCUUAUUGAGAGGUGAUGUGCUUUUCCUGUCUGAACACGUUACU